AUGACGAGUGUGGUGUCUGGAAGCAAGAAGCCCUGCACUCCAGCCUUUAGUCCAAGAGGCCCGUGGUUGCAUGCUGUUCCCCUGUAUGGUCUCUCCUUUCUCAGACAGUGUGGGAACUGUUUCACUGGUGUUCCAGUUGAAGGCAAAUGCCAUCAGUCAGAGAAGGCCCUCCUACCUGGACAGGCAGAAGGGAUUCCUUUCUGGGGUGUGUGGGAUGGGUCCCUUAGGGCAGGUUGGUGCUUUGCUUGCCCUACCAUCCUCUUAGCCCAGGACAGGGUACAAGACUAUGACGAUGUGGGUAGUUCAUCUCAAGAAAGAAGUGAAGGUUGGAGUUCUUCCCCACAUAGUUUGAGCAAGAGGAGCCCUCAUUAUGAACAUGGUGGAUAUGAGCCUCAGCCUUCAGGGCUCCAGGAGGAGGAUGGAAAUGUGAUGAUGAGGGAUGUCCAGGUGGACCCCAAAGGAAGAGACUCUCCCUAUACUGCCCGACGUGACAAGAGGAGAGUAAGAUGGCACAGUGAGGGCCACAUCCAUAUUACUGUGUGGAGAGAUAGAAAACUUCUGGAGAGAGAAAAGGGGAAGAACACACAAGACAGAACCCUGUCGAGCUGGUUCAAGGUCACGAUUCCCCGCGGGAGAAAGUAUGACAAGACAUGGCUAAUGGACUCGAUACAGAGCCGUUGCAGUGUUCCUUUCACUCCAGUGGAUUUUCACUGCGUGAAAAACCAGGCUCGGUUCUUUGUCCAGGAUGCUAGCACUGCCUCUGCAUUGAAGGAUGUCAGCUAUGAGAUUUGUGACAAGGACAACCGAAAGAUACCUAUCAUUGUCAACCCCUCUGAUGUUGUUCCCUACUCGGUGCACAAUAAGUUGAAGCCAGGAGAAAUGGAGCAGCUAAAGCUGACCUUGCACAAACGCUAUAACGUUUCCCAGCAAGCUCUUGACCUCCAGAGGCUCCGCUAUGACCCAGACUUAACGGGCCAUGAUAUUGAUAUAAUUCUGAAUCGAAGAAACUGCAUGUCUGCCACCCUGCAGGUCAUCAAAAAGAAUUUCCCCGAGCUGUUGUCCUUGAACCUGAGCAGCAACAAACUGUACCGGCUGGAUGGCCUGUCUGACAUUAUACAGAUGGUCCCCACGGUCAAGAUUCUGAACCUCUCCAAAAAUGAGCUGAAGUCAGCCUGGGAGUUGAGCAAGAUGAAAGGGCUGAAGCUUGAGGAGCUGUGGCUGCAAGGGAACCCUCUGUGUGGCACCUUCCCAGACCAAUCCACCUACGUAAGUGCCAUCAGAGAAUGCUUCCCCAAGUUGUUACGCCUGGACGGUCAGGAGUUACUGUCACCAAGUAUCAUUGACAAUGAUGCUCCCUAUGUGCUAAAGCCCUGCAAGGAAAGCUAUAAAGGAUCCAAUGAGCUGAAGAGUCUAAUUCUACAAUUCCUGCGGCAGUAUUACUUGAUCCAUGACUAUGGAGACAGGCGGCGUCUCCUGGGUGCUUAUCACAACGAGGCCUGCUUCUCUCUGACCAUUCCCUUCCACCCCGAGGACCCAGACCCAAGCAGCUUGUACGAGUACCUGGAGGAAAACAGGAAUAUGAAGAAGCUCAAGGACCCCUAUCUGAGGGUCCAGCUGCUGAAGCAAACAAAAGGUGACAUUGUGACCUCCCUCUGUGUGUUGCCCAAAACUCAGCAUGACCUCAGCUCCUUCGUGGUGGACAUGUGGUUCCAGACGGAAACGAUGCUCUGCUUCUCCGUCAACGGGGUGUUCAAGGAAGUGGAAGGCCAGUCUCGGGGCUGUGUUCGUGCCUUCACCCGAACCUUCAUCACUACCCCUGCCACCUCUUCCAGUCUUUGCAUCGUGAACGACGAGCUGUUUGUGAGGGAAGCCAGCCCCAGCGAAACUCAGAGUGCGGCCUUCUUCAUCCCAGUGCCUACAGCUUCUGCCAGCUCUGUAUGCACCCUCUCCCAGGAGCUGCAGGAAGUGGUGCAGGCUUUCUCUACCCAAUCUGGGAUGAAACUCGAGUGGUCUCAGAAGUGCCUUCAGGACAAUGGGUGGAACUACACCAGAGCUGGGCAAGUCUUCAGUAUACUCAAGACCGAGGGCAAGAUCCCAGAGGAGGCCUUCAAAGAAAUCCCCUAA